CCUGCGCCGUGAGGAGCGGCGCGCGGCCGGGCUUAGGGCUGGCUGCAGUGUGCGUGAGGGCGGCCGGAGAGGCUGGCUCAGUGAAGAUGAGGCUUGUGCUGCUGUUCCUGGUGGCGGCGUCGGCGGUGGCCCGGAGCGAGGCCUCGGCCAACCUGGGCGGCGUGCCCAGCAAGAGAUUAAAGAUGCAGUACGCUACGGGGCCGCUGCUCAAGUUCCAGAUCUGUGUUUCCUGAGGGUAUCGGCGGGUGUUUGAGGAGUACAUGCGGGUUAUUAGCCAGCGGUACCCAGACAUCCGGAUCGAAGGAGAGAAUUACCUCCCUCAACCAAUAUAUAGACACAUAGCAUCUUUCCUGUCAGUCUUCAAACUAGUAUUAAUAGGCUUAAUCAUUGUGGGCAAGGAUCCUUUUGCUUUCCUUGGCAUGCAAGCUCCUAGCAUCUGGCAGUGGGGCCAGGAAAAUAAGGUCUAUGCAUGUAUGAUGGUUUUCUUCUUGAGCAACAUGAUUGAGAACCAGUGCAUGUCAACAGGUGCAUUUGAAAUAACUUUAAACGGUGUGCCUGUGUGGUCUAAACUGGAAUCUGGUCACCUUCCAUCCAUGCAACAGCUGGUUCAAAUUCUCGACAAUGAAAUGAAACUCAACGUGCACAUGGAUUCAAUCCCGCACCAUCGAUCAUAGCCCCGCCCACAGCACUGGAAACUCUUUUACAUUAAGGGAUUUUGCAAGAGCAGCGUGACUGACACUAUGAAGGCCUGUACUGAAGACAGCAAGCUGUUAGUACAGACCAGAUGCUUUUUGCGCAGGCUCGUUGUACCUCUUGGGAAACCUCGAUGCAAGAGAGUUUUUCAGUGCUAGCACAUUUUGGAAUUCUGCACAUUUCAUGGAGUGCAAUAAUACUGUAUAGUUUUCUCCCCCUCUUAAAUUCAUCUAGUUAAUAGUGUUUUUUUUUUUUUUAAUGUAAACAUUGCUUAUAACUUUCUUAGCCAUAUUUGAAACAGAAAAUUGAGUUAAAUUUGGCUUAUUUUCAAAGAUACCUGUUACAUCGGUUGUGCUUUUGUAUGAAUUUUUUUUUAUGGUUUGAAAAAAAUCAGUCUGUUUGGGAAUGUAGCUGAAGUU